AUGGACUUGGACCAUGGCUCAGGAUCGGAGCCCGUUCGCUACAUCCGCAGCCGCAUCGCCAACGCCUGCGACGGGUGCAAGGCGCGGAAAGUCAAGUGCGACGGGAAACUGCCAUGCGGAUUUUGCGUUGCGCGACAGAGGGCGCAAAUGUGCCAUUACUCGCCCCAGAGGAGACGCAGACAGUCGCAGAAGCUGCCGAGGUCACCGCCGCCGUCGGUGCGGGAGUCGCGGGAUCAGGAUCGGGAUCGGGAUCGGGAUCGGUCUACUAGGGACGCUUCGUCGGUGAGGUCGCCGUCGCCGGGUCAGACGCCGGCUUCGAGACGCGUGUCUUUGGUGGCUGGAAGGGGCGUGUCGUCUGCUUCUGCAUCUGUUUCGUCUCCGGUGAUGGGGAGCGACAGGCGGCAUCGGCUGCAGUCGUCGGCAUCCGCGGUGAACCAGGCCCAGGAGUCGUCCGUGGCCGAGGACGAGACUGAAGUGCCGCGAGAUGCCCGACUGCUGUGUGACGCCCAUGGGAAGCUGACCUUUAUCGGGGAUUGCGCGCCAUUGUCCUUCUUCCAGUCGGUGCGCAGGCUUGUCACCAACCGAGUCGGCCAGAAUGCCUUUGCGCCGCAGACGAGUCGAUUCUCGGUUUUGGAAAAUGCGCCGGCGCGGCAAUCCAAGAGGUCACUGAGAGAUCCGAGGAUGCCUGAAGUCCGGCCUGUGGACAUUGCGCCUGCGGUUUCGGCGUAUCUGUCGACAACAGCGAGUUUGGUGGAUUUGUUUGACAGUUCGAAGCUGCUGGACGAUUUGACGAUAUGGGCAAACUUGGCGCACAAGCCGGAUAACGUUACGACUAUUAUUCACUUUCUUGUUCUGGCCAUUGGGUUGCAGGCGGAGGACGACGUGUUAUCUCAGCAGUAUUUCGAGUACGCUCGCGAUCUGGCGUAUACGGAUCUGAGCGACAGUCUUGGCGUUGAGACGGUGCAAGCGUUCAUCUUGGUAACAGUUUACAUGCUGUGUUCAUGUCAAAUCAAUGGAGCCUUUCUCUUCUUUGGCAUUGCUGCGCGGGCGGCCUAUUCAAUUGGCCUGCAUCGAACCGAGGUGAAUGCACGAUUUGGACAUGAGAUUCACCAACAGAGGGAUCAGCUGUGGAAGAGUCUACGAGUGCUGGACCUAUUUCUCAGCAGCUCCAUGGGACGCCCUCCCGCCGCUUCGGAUGUGGAUUGUACUGUUCCUUAUCACGCUCAAGGGGCUGAUGGGAAGGAAAUGUUCGACCUGCUCAAUGCCUCUGUGCAGAUCCUACUGAUACUGGAAAACAUCAUUUUGGAAGUAUACGGGCGGAAAAAGAUCUCUAUGCAGUUGACUGAAGGAGUAUCCCUCAAGCUGAGAGAGUGGUCUGGGAAAUGGCUUGGCCUACUAAAGGAGGUUAUUGCACAACCCGCCGCUCGCAAUGAAGCUCAGGUCACAGGAGCCUGCCAGGUGCUGUCGUCAUACUACUAUGCGGUGAUGCUUGUUUCUCGGCCGUUUUUGAUGUAUGAGUUAUUUCAGAGGCUUGUUGAUGGCUCGGCUGCAUCGAGCAGACCGGCAAUAUCAGGAAGAUCUAAAUUGGCGGACGCAUGUAUUGAUGCCGCAAGUUUGAUGGUAGAUCCAGUCUUGGAUUUGAUCGAAAGGGGUGUGUUGAAGAGGAAGGCUCCCCUGCUUGUAUCGUGGCUUUUUGCUGCCUCGCUUGUCCUUGGUGUUGGUCUCUUGGGCGGAUUCGGCCGUAUCCUGGAAAAGUAUACUCGAAUGUCCAUACAAACCAUGGACCACUUUGCGCAGAACGAUGCUCAUGCCCGGCAAUACUCCUUGAUUGCCCAGUCGUUGCUCACGACAGCAUUGGAGCAUUUAGAACGGCAGGAUCUUCAAGAACGGAUGCGACGCACAGAAAACUCGAGUCAGUUGUUCGGCUUGGUGGCGCCUGAUGCACGAUCUCCUUUGAAUAAAUCCCCGGCGCCGCUCAGGGACAUUGACUUGCGAGUCAGCACGCCGGAUACGACCAUGACCAGGAGCCGCAGCUCGAUGGACAGAUCGCUUCUACAGCACCAAAGUUUACCGAGUGGGCCAUCUCCGCGGUUGGGAGAGAUGGAUUCCGUGUUCCUGGGACUGUCGGAGUCGAUGCUGCAUACACCGGACACUACAUACUGGGAUGGGAUCGUCGGCAACGACAACGAUCCGAACUCUGCUCUAAAUUUAUUUCCACUGUUGGAGGCGGGAGGCGGGAUUGAUUUGGCGCACUGGCUUUGA